ACCACCCUCUCCCUCCCUCUCACUCCCCCCACCUCACGCUCUCAUCCAUUCCCAUUCCUUGCAAGCGUAGCCACCUCUCCCACUCACUCUCUCGCAGCUGCUAAGCGAAGCCAUGGGCAAGGACGACGUGAUCGAGAGCGGCGCCGGCGGCGGCGAGUUCGCUGCCAAGGACUACACGGACCCACCGCCAGCUCCACUGAUCGACGCGGCGGAGCUGGGUUCCUGGUCGCUGUACCGCGCCGUGAUCGCCGAGUUCAUCGCGACGCUGCUGUUCCUGUACAUCACCGUCGCCACCGUGAUCGGGUACAAGCACCAGACGGACGCGACGGCGUCGGGCGCCGACGCCGCGUGCGGCGGCGUGGGCGUGCUGGGCAUCGCGUGGGCGUUCGGCGGCAUGAUCUUCGUCCUCGUCUACUGCACGGCGGGGAUCUCCGGCGGCCACAUCAACCCGGCCGUCACCUUCGGCCUGUUCCUGGCGCGCAAGGUCUCCCUGGUGCGCGCGCUGCUCUACAUCGUGGCGCAGUGCCUGGGCGCCAUCUGCGGCGUCGGCCUCGUCAAGGCGUUCCAGAGCGCCUACUUCGACAGGUACGGCGGCGGCGCCAACUCGCUCGCCUCCGGCUACUCACGCGGCACCGGGCUCGGCGCCGAGAUCAUCGGCACCUUCGUGCUCGUCUACACCGUCUUCUCCGCCACCGACCCCAAGCGCAACGCCCGCGACUCCCACGUCCCGGUUCUGGCUCCCCUCCCCAUCGGCUUCGCCGUGUUCAUGGUGCACCUGGCCACCAUCCCCGUCACCGGCACCGGCAUCAACCCGGCCAGGAGCCUUGGCGCAGCCGUCAUCUACAACAAGGACAAGCCCUGGGAUGACCACUGGAUCUUCUGGGUGGGCCCAUUCGUGGGCGCUGCCAUCGCGGCGUUCUACCACCAGUACAUCCUCCGGGCGGGCGCCAUCAAGGCACUCGGCUCCUUCAGGAGCAACGCGUGAGCGCAGGAGCCACCCGUGUGUCCCGUCGUCCAAGGCUUUCAAUCUGCAAAGGGCUUUGCUUCUGCUGGAGCAAUGGCGAUCGAUCUUAGGGGGGGAGAGGCUGGAGAAUAAAGUUGCAUCAACUUGUAGUGCCGGUGGUUUGGUCGCUCUUGUUUCAGCAGCUGCGUUGCGCGUGCGUGGAAUUUGGUUUCGUUUCCCUGUAAUGAUCAACCAUCAUCAUCAUCAUGUGUCGUAAUCUGCUGUCCAAGGGAUUCCGUCUCCUCCUUUCCUCUCCUGCUCUUCUAGCCUCUACUAUUUUUCUAUUUAAUUAUUGUUAUUAUUAUGUAGCGACAAGCAUCAUCAAUCAUCAUCAGUGAGAACCUCUUGCUUCUGUCUAAAUCAACCGACAUGUGGAGUGGAUGGGAUUAUUCAGUCUU